UUGGAAUGGAGGUGCUGCGCUUCGUUGCGAUCACUCUUGCUCUUGGAACCAUCGAUGCAGACGCCUCAAAUGUGAUCAAAUUACAUAAUGGAUUUCUGCAACCGAAUAGAAUAUAUAAAAUAGGAAUCGUCACUGCAAAAAAGAGAAAUGCGACAAGAAUUCACAUAAAAAAAUGUUGUGGAAUUAAAAAGUGCAAAGGCGGAACAACCGUUUUGGUGGGGUCUACUUCUAGACUGCAAACUCCAGUGACGACCAAAAACCUUGCCACAACUACAGUUAGCGCCCAUGGAAGUUCACCUGAUAGUGCUCAGCCGCCAUUACAGGAAGAUACCUCUGUUGAAACACAGCCGUCAAUCAAAUCAGAGACAUUGUCUCUAACAGGCUCAACAGCCAUUUUAUCAACGGACACGACAACAGGCGAAAUCACGUUUUCAACCACUGCUACUUCAACUGAACUAUUUGCAAGUGCAUCUGCGUCUGCAUCUACAAGUUCUCAGGAAUCUACAACAGUUUCUGGAACAUCAACAAUUACACCUGCUGCAACAAUUAGUUUAGCUGCCACAACAACCACACUAGCUGCUACUACCGUUAUGACCACAGCAGCUACAACAACCACAACAGUUACGACAACCACAGCAGCUACAACAACCACAACAGUUACGACAACCACAGCAGCUACAACAACCACAACAGUUACAACAACCACAACUCCAGCUCCUCUAUGCCUACCUUACACUUGCACCUCCAAUUUUAGCCUGGGAACCGAUGGAAGAGUGAAAGCCUCGUCAGUUUUGGAUGGUAUUCUCAAAGAAUCUGGUAACCGACAGUAUAUGUUCAGCACAAGUCAAAAAUCGUGGACCGACGCCGGCAGCGCGUGUUGCUCACUUGGAAUGAUGCUACUGAGCUUAGAAACAACGGAAGAAUAUAUUCAAAUUUCUAAAAUUGUGAAGUUUAGCACGGAGCUAGUUGGAGAAUAUUUCACAUCCGGGAGUGAUAAUAAAGUGGAAAACUCAUUUGUGUGGUGCUCAUCCAACAACACGGCUGUCACGUCUCCAUCAUGGGGCGCUAGUGAACCAAGCGAUAAAACAGGAAGUGAAAAUUGUGUUACUGUGACCGUGACAGCUAGCCAAAACGCAACUAUUGGGGACAGGUCAUGCACGACACCCAUGAAAUAUAUUUGCGAGCUGCCAAUCGUACCGAAAACUAGUUCCUGCUUAGCUUACCCCUGCGAAACCGAUCCAAGGUACAUAGGCAGCGAUGGGGAAGUAAAUGUUACUGCAGCUAAUCCUGGUGGAGAUUUCUUGGCAAUCUGUGGGAGGAUUUAUUUUAUAGGGCAAGCCGGGCAAAAUUGGUCCAAUAGUGGCGUGGAAUGCUGCAAGAGGAAAAUGACGUUUGCUGCUAUCGAAACUGACGCAGAACAAGCUUGCAUAACAAAAUAUUUUAGCAGUAUUUACGGAAGACCAUUUGCUGGGCUCAAUGCGUGGGUUGCAGGAACUGACUUAUUCCAUGAAGGAAUUUUCACAUGGUGUUACGCCGACAAUACUGAGGAGAACGUCACGUUUUCAAAUAUUUUGAGGUGGAGAUUCAAUCAACCAGACAAUUUUGGAAACAAUGAAAACUGCAUGCAUUACAUGAAUGAUGGAGGAUUGCCACCAACAAAUAUGGUCUUCAAUGAUGAAAAUUGUGCCGGCAGCAAAAGAUUCAUUUGCGAGACAGCAUUGGCCACAAUUCCAUUUCCUGAGUGUCCAAGCAUUACUUGUCAGCAGGAACCUCCAAAAGUGAACGCGUCAGUGUAUUGGAAAUCAACAUCGGAUGGUGACUUUUACAACGGGUGUGGCAAACAGUAUUUUGUCAGCAAAUCUUCUAAAACUCGAGAUGCUGCGAUGGCCGAGUGCUGCAAAUACGGUCUGAAACUGCUGAGCAUUGAAUCAGACGAAGAAAUCGCUUGCAUAGCUGACUUUAAUGCAGCUGAGGCCAAGGCUAGUGGGCAGUAUUGGACAUCAGGCUCUACCCUGGGACCUCUGACAAUAAGCACUCCUGGCUGGUGCACAACCCAGAAGUUUUUGUACAACACCAGUGCGUUUUACACAGGGCAGCCUGACAACCCUAGCACGGAAAGGUGUAUUGCCUUCCAACUUAGCAACACGGCGCUACUAUCAGGCUAUGGCAUACACGACGUGUCCUGCAGCGCACAAUAUAAUUUCAUCUGCGAGGGAGACGUUCCACCCUGCGAAGCGACGUGCCCAGGAAACUGCGCCAGUAAACUCAACCAAGCCCUUUUUAAUUCUAAAAAUGAGCUUGUUGACACAAACUCGUAUGGGCGUUGGGUCACUGGAUGUGGAGGCAGGACAUAUUUAUUUUCACCUGACUCAAAGAGCUGGGACCAAGCUUACGAUAUUUGCUGUAAAAUUGGAAUGACUCUCCUAAAAUUGGAAACUGUUGAAGAAUUCAAUUGCUUUUACGAACUUAACAAAAAUAACAGUUACUUGAUGUAUGCAGCUGAUUUUUGGACAGGAGCAAAUGACAGAGACUGCUUAUACCGGUUCAAAUGGUGCGACACUGGAGAAGUACUGUACAGGAAUGACUCAAGAUGGCUAUUAAAUCAACCAAAUAACGCGGCUGGAAUCCAAGCAUGUGUUGUGAUGAGUUUGUCUCCUACUGUGACUUUCAGCACGAAGUCUUUGAACGACUGGGAUUGUAGCUCAAACUACAGAUAUGUUUGCGAGAUGCCUGCUUUGCCAGUACCAACAGGAGUUGUGUGUGCCGAAUAUCCAUGCGCAACUCAAGCCGCGCAAGUAUCAGAAUAUCAAAGCAUGAGCUCCACAGCAGGCGUAUUUAAGACAGCUUGUGGAAGGAAAUAUUUCUUUAGCAAGAACACUCUUUCAAAUGACCUAGCUUUGACCGAGUGUUGCAAAUACGGCAUGCGGUUGUUGAGCAUAGAGACUGUAGCAGAACAGAACUGCCUCGUGGACCUCAAUAAUGCGGAUAUGAAAUAUUCUUCUAUUUCAUUCUGGACGUCGGCAGUCAAUGACGGAAUUGGACGUACAUAUACUUAUGGUUGGUGCCCCUCGGGAACAUUUGUUGACGCUGGACUUUUCUGGGGAUCAGGGCAGCCCGAUAAUGUUUUCACAGAAAAUUGCGUGACUAUUGUGUUUUCCACCAUUUCUGGAUAUUCACAAAACGUCCUUCAUUCCUCAACAUGCAGCACUGGUUACAGAUACAUAUGUGAAGAGCAAUAAAAUUUGACCAUUGUGGGACGCUGGCACAUUCACUUGCGAUCGUAUUCUUUUCAUUAACGUAUUUGUUUUUGAACGCACUUCUACGCACGCGUAAUUUUAUUUGAAAUAAAACUUUCGGGAUAAUAGGGAUGCAAUUUGAUUUUAUUAUUGUUCGCGUGGAAAUAAAAAUAAUGAAUCUUGAAAAAAGAGAAAA